CUGGAGCCCACCGCCCCUGGGCCUGUCCCGAGCUCGGGCCUGGCUGAGUUCCCGCAGGAGUCGCUCCAAGAAUUCCUGGGACACGUUUGAGCUAGUGCAAGCCAGGGAGAUGAAUGUGUCAGCCAAGUACCGCAUGGCCUCGCUGUAUGUGGGUGACCUACAUGCCGAUGUCACCGAGGACCUGCUGUUCAGGAAGUUCAGCACCGUGGGGCCUGUGCUAUCCAUCCGCAUUUGCAGAGACCUGGUCACCCGCCGCUCCUUGGGCUACGCCUAUGUGAACUUCCUGCUGUUGGCGGAUGCUCAGAAAGCCCUGGACACCAUGAACUUUGAUGAGAUUAAAGGCAAAUCCAUCCGUCUCAUGUGGUCCCAACGUGAUGCCUACUUAAGGAAAUCUGGAAUUGGGAACAUCUUCAUCAAGAAUCUGGAUAAAUCCAUUGAUAACAAAGCCCUUUAUGAACUGUUUUCACCUUUUGGGAAGAUUCUGUCGUCCAAGGUGAUGACAGAUGAUCAAGGCUCCAAAGGUUACGCUUUUGUACACUUUCAGAACCAGAUCGCUGCAGACAGGGCCAUUGAGGAGAUGAAUGGGGUAUUGCUCAGGAGUUGCAGAUUGUCUGUUAGCAGGUUCAAGACCCGCAAAGAUCGAGAAGCCGAGCUCAGAAACAAAAGCAAUGAGUUCACCAAUGUUUACAUUAAAAACUUUGGGGUUUGCAUGGACGAGAAGAGACUGAAGGACAUUUUCAGCCAAUAUGGUACAACUCUGAGUGUUAAGGUGAUGACUGAUUCCUGUGGAAAAUCCAAAGGUUUCGGCUUUGUGAGUUUUGAUAGCCACGAGUCUGCCAAAAAGGCGGUGGAAGAAAUGAAUGGAAAGGAACUAAACGGGCAGCUGAUCUUUGUAAGCCGAGCGCAAAAGAAAAUUGAGCGACAAGCUGAGUUAAAGCAAAUGUUUCAACAGAUAAGACAAGAAAGAAUUCACUGGAGCCAGGGCGUGAAGCUCUAUAUUAAGAACCUUGAUGACACCAUUGAUGAUGAAAAACUACGGAAGGAAUUUUCUUCAUUUGGAUCAGUUAGCAGAGUUAAGGUGAUGCGGGAAGACGGUAGAAGUAAAGGGUUUGGGUUGAUCUGCUUUUCCUCCCUCCAGGAGGCUACCACAGCGAUGGCUGAGAUGAAUGGCCGCUUCUUGGGGACCAAGCCCCUCAACAUUGCCCUGGCACAGAGGCAAGAAGAAAGGAAACCAUGCUUCACCAGCCAAUAUUUGCUGUAGGUGGGCAAAUAAUGUCAUUCCUGCCUAAAGUGCCCAAAUUAAAUUUCUGACCCAGUUGGGUGGCCCCUUAAUUAGUAAACUUUGUGAUAAAAGGGGUGUGUUUGCAGUGUGUGUGUGUGUUUUAAAAUAAGGGAAUCUUAGAAGCUUAGUUCUAAUUAUGCUAUUAUCCUUUUUCUUUUAUACUUUUUAUACUUUCAAUGAAGUAUUCAUAGCAAUAAGUAUAAUUCUAACAACCAUGGAGUCCAUGCCAACUUAUCCUUAUAAAUAUAAUUAGAUAUACUUUUAUUGCCUUUUGAACUAAUUGAAGUGAACUAAUUUGAGUGUAUCACUUAUUUUCUUUCUUAUUCUAAUAAUAUCGCCAACUUUAACAUCUUCUAUGAAUAGAUUAUCAAAAUAAUUCUUCUGUCUCAGGAUCCCAAGCAAAUUGAUAAUUACAAAAAUACAUUUUCCAAUUUUCAUUUACGUUUUUAAGUUUUUAUUCAGAGAAAACAAAAGUUUGAAAACCAAAUGUACAAAUUGAGUUAAAUAUCUAAUUACAUUCUUAAUAUGCACAAUAUGAGAAAAGAUUGUUUUUCAUUGACGGCUGGGGGUCAGAUGAGAUUUUUUUAAAAUACUGCCUACAGGCCUGCUGCAUAGGAUUUUGUCCCAUUGAUUUCCAAUAAUUCAGGUAUUUGAUAGUUAUCUAAAUUUUGGCUUGAUUCUUUCAUCCGUUAAAUUUUAAGCCUAUAUCAAUUCAUUCAGGUGCUCAAAAGAUGGCUUAAACUUACAUAUCUUCAUCUAUAAAUGCCUUAAGUUUAUAGCAGAUGCCAAUGUUAUGAAAAUCAGGUUUAGAACAUAUUAUGCCUAGCUAACAGCUUUAUUUUCAUGUCAAUUUUAUAUUGCUCUACUGAUAAUUUCUCAGGGGUUGGAGAAGAAUAAAAGUUUCCUUAUUUUUAUGAACUUUAGAAUAUUAGAAACAUGAGGAUAUAUAAACUUAAAGUUCACUUUUUACCUUGAUUGAAGCUCAUUCAGUGUAUUUUCUGAUAAAUGACAAUGAUGCCUUAUACUGUUUUCUAAAUAUUACAAAUCUUACUUCAGUUUAAUUUCCAGACCUCUCCAUCCUUCUUGUUUUUCAGAAAGAUUACUCAGUUCAUUUAUAUGCUUGCUUUAAGGAUUUUUUUGUAUUUGUCUAUGAUA